GUAAAGAAAACUAUAGUACCCUAGCAAAAAUACGAAACUACGUCGACAGGAUGGCAACCACGGGAAGCACACACUAUUGGUCGCUUCGAUAGACUCCACAACAUCAACUUCUACAGCUACACCCUCACGACCUUCUAGCAGCUCCUUGCGAACAUCAACUACUCAACUAGUACAACACCAGAUAAAAAUUUUUAUACCUCCGACUCGUCCACUACGUCGAAAACGGGAAGAACAUCAAGUACAUGCAUGGACAGGACUACGUCGAAAACGGGAACAUCAAGUACUACUGUAUGGAUACCAUGGACUCGUCCAACAGGAUGGCAACUGCGUCUACGGACGGCACCACGGGAAGCACACACUAUUGGUCUAGG